GGCCGACAUUUGUCUCGAUCGUGGCCGUGGGAGCAGACGAAACAACGUUUCCCAGACAUAGCCAUGGCCCUCUCCCAGGACAUGACCUUGACCCCUGACCCCCAACCCCUGGCUCUGUCCCAGGAUGUGACCUUGACCCCUGACCCCCGACCCCUGGGCCUGUCUCAGGACGUGACCUUGGCGGUUCUCCCCAGACUGUACAUGGAGGAAGUGGUGUCUGAACUGGGCAGGAGAAACAUCAGCACCGGGGACGUCAACAACAAGGAGCUGCUGGUGGCUGUGCUGAGGGUUGUCAUGGAGAAGGAAUACAGCGGGACGGGAGGGUCGUCAGGGCAACCCAAUGUCACAGACACACACACUUACGUAACGAGUAACGGUGCAACUGAAAUCUGCUUCAGUUUCGAGCCAGAAGACUCACACACUGACUCUGAAGAUGGCAUCAACAGUAGUAGAUUACAGGAGAACAAAGAUGCUGAAACCGAAGCUUCUUCUACUGUGGUCAUAUCUUACACAGAGGAAGAUAGGCCACAUGAGGUAUCUAACACCGAGGUAGUCUUAGCCACGGAUGCAACUCCAGCUUUCAGUCCAUCCACCAAUAUUAAUGAGACAAAUGACAGAGGAACGAUGGAAGAUGAAGUUAUUGAAGGAGUGAGAGAAGGAAGAGAAGAAUCAGUAGAAGAACAGGCCAGAUUAACCUCAGAAGUAGUAGAGAAUGACUCUAUGGACCAGACUGAUACAGUGUCAUAUGCAGAAGUUGACUUAACCUGCACUUCUGUUGCAGAAAUGGUAGUUUGGUUGCCAGGGCAACAAGGGAACAAUGGAGCGCAAACUGUACAGUUUGCUGAGGAGGAGUCAAGUGGUGAGAAGAAAUCCUACAAGUGUUCUCUCUGCGACUACACAACCCGUUACGCUUCAAACCUAACGAGGCACAACCAAGUGCACUCUGGGGACAGGCCCUUCAAAUGUGCCCACUGUGACUACGCAGGGGGGUCCAAAAAAGCCCUGAAGCAGCACAUGUCCCGCCACACUGGUGAGAAACCACUGGGGUGUAAAGAGUGUGGGUUCAGGACGGCCUACAGGACAGCGUUAGACUAUCACCUGAAGACUCACACUGGGCACAAACCCUUCAUGUGCGACAAGUGCGGGCACCGCUCUGCCAACAAAGCCAGCUGGCGAACACACAUGAAAACUCACACCAAGGUGCCUCUCAGGUGUGAAAGUUGCGGGUACACCGCAUCCAAACCCUCAUACCUUGCUGCACACUUGAGGACUCACGACGAAGAGAAACUGCUGAAGUGUCCAGACUGUGACCACGAGGCCGUGGGAAGAAGGGAACUCCAACUCCACAUGAGGACCCAUUCUGGGGAGAAGCUGUUUGCCUGUGAGAGGUGCCCGUACAAGUCUCGCUACAAGUCUGGCCUGACAAACCAUCUCAAGACACACACGGGGGAGAAACCGCACAAAUGUGAGCAGUGUGGUUACAGGGCGGCACAGAAGGCAACCUUAUACAGACACAUGAGAACCCACACAGGAGAGAAACCCUAUCCAUGUACAGUAUGUGGUCGCAGCUGUGCUACUCAAUAUCUUCUUCAAACCCACAUGAAGUCCCAUCAACCCAAAGGCCCGCUGGUGUGUAAAGACUGUAACUACAGGACCAUGCACAAGGCAGACAUGAACCGGCACAUCAGAACCCACACAGGGGAGAAACCCUACAGCUGUGAGGAGUGUGAUUACAGGGCGACUAACAAGUCAGCUCUGGUGUUCCACACCAGGAUACACAAAGGGGAGAAACCCUUCAGAUGUCAGCUUUGUGACUACGCAGCAGUGAGGAAAGACUUGUUAACUGCACAUUUACGGAGACAUGCAAAGACUUUAACUUACCACCAGUGCUCUGCCAUACAUGUAGAGUGCGUGCAUGGUAAGUGAUUCUGUUCUUGGGCCAGAAGAUUAUUGUGUUCGAAUCCUGGCUGUUGCUUAGACUCAGUUGCAGUCUUCGAAUCUGGGUUCGCGAUCUUCAACGUUAGCUGGGUUCUCUUGUGCCGGGAAGGGGAGUUUGCCGAGGAAGGGAGUAUGCUGUGAAAGGGGUUUCGGGACGGGGCAAAAUCGCUAUCACGG